AUGGGCUCUUUUCUGGUGGAAGAUCUGCUCAAAGAAGACCCGAAAAAAGCGGAAAAGCCCCAGCAGAAAUUGAAGAAAUGGCAUACAGCCGAGAUUAAGAGACAGCGUUACACCUUUUCGGCAGCACAGGUGCAUUGUCUGGAGAUGGUAUUUGUGCGGAACCGCUACAUUUCUCCGGAGAAGCGACUGGAGCUGGCUCGGUGGCUCGGGCUGACUGAACAACAGGUAAAGAUCUGGUUCCAAAAUCGGCGCUACAAGGCCAAACUGAAGAUGGAGAACGACAAGACUACGGAGUUGAUCCAGGAAUUCUACCACCCGCAUCCGCCUCAUCAGCAUUGGAGCGUCUACCCGGCUUUUCCUUUUUUA